GUUUGUCGAUAAGUACGUUUACGUCAGUUUAUUCCUUAUUUUCCAGUUAAAUAUUCCCCGGAGUGACAAUUUGAAGAGAAGAAAGAAAAAUUAAUGUAAAUGUAUCAAUAAAAAAUUUUUUACGUACUUCUAUUGUUUUUUUUUUAUAUACUCUGUAUGACAAAGAAUGUUUGACUCGGAAUAUAGCGCAUCAAAACACGGAGAACAUCAUAUUAUCUUUCAAGAAUAUAAUGAUUUUGUUGAAGAGCUUAAACGAGAGUUGAAAGCUUGUAAGACAGAGCAAAAUGACAUCCGUUGUGAAUUACAAGCUUUAUAUAAUGACAAUAAAAAUAGUAGUGAUGCCAUGCGAGAAUAUAUCUCACAUGUACAUUUGGAAGAGUGUAGCAGUGAGGAUUUGCAUGAUAAAAUAAUCACGAAUCUGAAGGAACGCAUUGCAGUCUUGCAAAUAGAAAAAGAUUCUGCUGUCCAGCUGUGGCAAAUAUCAAUGAAAGCAAUAGAUGCUCUAGAGCAGGAAUUAAGAACACAUGUAAUAGAUAACAAAGAUGUAAAGUAUUAUGAAGAACAACUGAAAGAUGUCAGACAAUCAUAUUCAGAAGCAAUAAAGGCUUUGGAGAACAAAUUGCUUCAGACUAAGGAAAAUUUUGCAAAACAACAGUCUUUGUGGACAACAAGUAAAGAAACAAUAGAGACUUUAAAACGAGAGAAAUGUGAUAUGACAAAGAGAUUUGAAGAAUUCCAACAAAAUGCUCAGCAGAAAGAUAGGAAUAGUCAGCAGAUGAUACAAUCGUUAACGGAAGAUUUGUCUGCCGCUAAGGCGGAAAUACAUAGCAUAAGUUAUUUAAAGACGGAUUUGGAGAAGAAAUUAAAUGAGAGUAGAAAAGUUGCAUAUAGUAUUUUGACGAAGAAUGAAGAAACGAAAUGCAAAAUGGCUGAAGCUCUCGAUCUAAUAGAAUCCGCGAUAAAAGAAAAAGACUUGGUGCUUCAGAGAGAGGCGCAGGUUGUGGAGCAAAAUGCCAGACUGAAGGCUCGAUUAGCUUCUAUUACCGAAGAACACGUUGUAAAGAUGCGAGAGGAGAUUGCAAAGUUGAGAGAAGCUCACGAACAUAACGUGAAGAAAUAUUUAUUAGAAAUCAAAUCGUUAAAAUCAGAACUGCGGGAGAAAAUGACAUUAUUGGAUAGAUCGCAGAAAGAGAAUAGAUUGGAAGAGGAACUGAUAAAAGUACGUCGGGACUCGGAAGAUUUAUUGGAGAAAUCAGUCGCUACGAUUCUGAACUUCGAACAAACAUUAAAGCAGACGGAUUCUAAAUUGGAAACCUGCAACGAAACAUGCAAGAAACAAUACAAUUUAGAAAUGCAACAAUUGCGAGAGAAAAUUGUCAUUCUAGAAGAAAAGUUAACAGCUUCAAACGAGAAGUUGAGGCAAAUUCAACAACAAAAUUUCACGGAUAUGCGAGAUCGCGUAAAAUUAGCCGAUGAAAAAACAAAGAACGCGAUCGAUUGCUAUGUUGAUUUGGAAAGUGAAUUGAUUGGAGCGACAGAUGAUAAGGAAUCUCUGGCAACGGAAUUCAAGUCAUUACAGUCGGCUUUCGAUCGCGAAAUACACAAAAGAGAUUGCGAACGGCACACGUUAGAGAAUAAAAUCCGCGAAUUAGAAACAAAUAUUCAUAAGUCAAACGUAACGGAAAAUAAUUCAAGCGCUAAUGUUCUAAUACCCGUUUCCUCUGAGCAUCGAGCAGACACAGUAAAUAAGCAUAUGUUGGACAUACGAGUUGAAAAUAUUGAUCACAAUUGGCAAUCUUUGUUAGCCGAACAAUUAAAGAAGCAACAAGAAAAUUUCGAUAAAAAAAUAAAAGAGAUGAUGCAACAUGUAACAGUUCAUCAAAAGUUAAGUAGAAGAUGGAGAGAUGAAGCAAAAACUUUAACAGCACGAUUUCAAGUAAAAUCUAAAGAAUUGCGUGGAAAGAUAAAUUCCUUAAGAAAAGAUAAUGCUGAAUUACAAAAAGCACUUUUAAUGUGUAAACAAUUUACUUAUAAAACAGAUAACAUUCACAGUUAUAUACAAGGAUCUGAGACUAGGUGACAAUAUCUUAUACUACAGAACCUUCCAACUUGCGUACGGCGUGCAGUUUGCACUAUAAGAUUUCU